GGCCAUGAUCGGCGCCAAUCUGCGCUUCGGCAGCAGCGCCGCCAACGGCAGCUCCAACGCCACCAAGGUAUUCCAGUGCCACCCGGGCGGGACGGCCGAGGCCGCCCUAAUUUUCGCCCUCGGCGCGAUGGGCAUGGCCGCCAAUCUGGCCCUCAUGGCCGUCAUACUGGCCGACAGGCAGCUCAGGAGAUGGUCGCAAGGGCUGCUCUUCCACCAGGGCGCCGUCGACUGCGCACGCGCCGCCCUCCUACUACCUCUGGGCACCUCCAUCCUGCACUGCCAGCCGGUACACAAGUGCUCGCUGGUCGAAACGGCCUUCCUCCUCCUGGUCACCGUCGCCACCGUCAACAUGCUCACCACCGUGCUCAACGACUCGCCCAUCUUCCCCGACGACGACGACGACGUCCAAGAUGGCGUCCUAUCGUCCGACACGCCCCUCCUGAUGGACUCGCCGCAAUGCGUGCUCUUCGGCACCUUCAUGAUAUGGUUCGCGUCGAUCACCAUCAACCUCGGACCCACUUUUCUGUCAGGUGCACUGGCAGCCCAAGGCGAAGGCGGACACAAGGCCCCAUCGUGUCCCCUCAUCCACGGCCCGCUGCGCCACUACAUCCUCAACGCCCUCUGGAUAGCCGUCAACCUCGUGUGCGUCAGCCUGACGCUGUUCCACCUGCGCAAGUUGCACAGGGACUUAACCAAGGCCAACGUGGAGGCGGUGCGUGUUGCAGGACUCGUCACCACAUUGGUGAACGUCACCGGAGGCAGCGGAGUCCAUAUGAACGCCAACGGAGAAAGGGCGAGCGGAGCGUUAGAGGAGCACCGCAGGAUGCGCGCCUACCUCAACAGGAUGGAAAAGGACGGAGUGCAACGCGUCAAGAUGUUCCUGGUCAUCACGGCCGCCUACGUCCUCUUUUGGGGACCGUUGUUCUUCGUCACGCUAGUCAACCAUCCGAUGGUCGGCAACGCUCUGGGGCACGAGAUCACCCUCCACAUAUCGUACGUGCACGCCAUAGUCAACCCGACGCUGUUCCUCGUGCUGCACCGCGGCUUGCGCAAGGCCACCCUUGACCUAUGCUGCGGCUGGAUACCCGAGUGGCUGGGGACGGGAGGCAUGGGCGGCCAGCUCCACGUGCCACCCCCGCCCGCUCCGCCCCGCGCCACUGACGUCUCGAUGCUCAAGCCGCCGCCCCCGCUGCCCAUCGUGCUACCGACGCCCGCCCACCCAGAUAGCUCUAUGGGAGACUCCGAUUUGAGUCCCUGGUCACCCGUCACCGACCCCCUCACCGACAACGGCACCCUACCCUACGUCCAGGCCUACCAACAACAACAACAACCCUACGUGCACCCCGAUCGACCCCUACCUUGCCCCUCGCCGACGGACAGCGACUAGCGUCCAGAAGACGAAUGGGACAAAUCCACCAAGAUAUAACAGCGAGAAGAAGAAGAAAAGCGAACGGUUGAGCUCGGGACCAAGCUGACGACACCGAUUUCUAGGAUCUGACGAGAAAACGACAGAGGCGGCAACGUCGCGGUAGAUGUGGCAACGUCGUGGGAGAUCCGGCAACGUCGCGGAAGAUGGGGCAAC